GUAAGUUCAGUUAGUAGUUGAGUUUCAGUUGGAGGCUUUCCCUGUCGGAUUCCAAAAUCGGGUCUACAAAAGGCAUCAUGGCAGCCGCUUCUACACCCAACACGACGCCGAAGAUCUUCACCGGCCCCCGUGGUUACGUGCUCGAAGAUGUCCCUCACUUGUCAGAUUACAUUGAGAACCUUCCUACUUAUCCAAAUCCGCUGCAAGACAACCCUGCAUAUUCUGUUGUCAAGCAGUACUUUGUUCAUCAGGAUGACACUGUCCCUCAAAAGGUUGUGGUUCACAAGGACGGUCCAAGAGGGACACAUUUCCGACGUGGUGGACCCCGUCAAAAGGUAUACUUUGAGUCAGAUGAAGUUCAUGCCUGUAUUGUGACGUGCGGUGGUCUGUGUCCUGGGCUUAACACUGUCAUCAGAGAAAUAGUAUGUGGCUUGUACCAUAUGUAUGGUGUCAAGAAAAUUUUGGGCAUAGAUGAAAUUAGAAGGCGUGGGCUCAAAGUUGUAGUUGCUGGCAUCCCCAAGACCAUUGACAAUGAUAUUCCGGUUAUUGACAAGUCCUUUGGCUUUGACACUGCUGUUGAGGAGGCUCAACGUGCUAUUAAUGCUGCACAUGUUGAAGCAGAAAGCAUUGAGAAUGGUAUUGGUGUUGUGAAGUUAAUGGCUCGCUAUAGUGGGUUUAUUGCAAUGUAUGCCACUCUUGCUAGCCGAGAUGUGGAUUGUUGUUUGAUUCCAGAAUCGCCCUUUUAUCUUGAAGGACCUGGUGGACUUUUUGAAUUCAUUGAGAAACGACUCAAAGAAAAUGGUCACAUGGUUAUUGUAAUAGCUGAGGGUGCAGGACAGGAGCUGGUUUCUGAGAGCAUGGACUCAAUGACUGAUGCUUCAGGAAACAAGCUUCUUCGUGAUGUUGCACUGUGGAUUUCACAGAGAAUCAAGGACCACUUUGCAAAAGAGAGGAAGAUUCCCAUAAACUUGAAAUAUAUUGAUCCGACCUACAUGAUUCGUGCUGUUCCAAGUAAUGCAUCUGACAAUGUUUACUGCACACUUCUUGCCCAGAGUGCCGUGCAUGGAGCAAUGGCAGGGUAUACUGGCUUCACAUGUGGUCUUGUCAACAGCAAACUUGCUUAUAUACCCUUCAAUCGAAUCAUUGAGAAACAGCGCAAGGUUGUGAUCACUGAUAGAAUGUGGGCAAGGCUUCUGUCCUCUACAAAUCAGCCAAGCUUCUUGAGAGCGCGCGCAAGAUAUUGAAUAGAAAAAGGACGAGCAACCAUUGACCCAACUAUUGGACAAUGGCUACGUACAGAUGAUAAUUAAGCUAAAAAAGAGAUGAGUUAGUUGAAGCAGUGACUCUGCUCAGCUGUUUUAGUUCUACCAUUUCUUAGACUGCAAAUUAGAAUAGUGAUGCAGUUUGAUUGUUUUCUCACCGUGCUUAUAUGAGGCCCUUCUUCGUUACCUGUUUUUGAUUGUUUGGCUUUUGUUGGGUUUUUCUUCUUUUUUUUGGUUGGCGGUUUUUCAUUUUAAUUUUUAUUUUUUUCUUUGGUUUUUUUUCUUUCAAUUUGCCUUGUAUUGAUUUGUUAUUCUGUUGUUUUUGUUAUUUUGUCAUUCUCCCCAUGUGAUUUGCUUUCAUGGGUAGUUGCCUAAUCUUUUGGAUUCAAAACCCAGUUGUUUUGCAGUUAAACCCAGUAUUUUUGGUUGAUUACAGAUUAGUGGAGCUUAAAAUUUGUUGGCUGUGGACUUCUUUUUGUGGCUUGAGUUUCCUUUGAAGAAAUUAAAGGUACAUGU